AUGCAAUCAUCUCGCUCAUACGUUCGCAAUGGCAAAGUUGUCAAGAGAAAUCAUCGUGUGGCAAACCAUGCCAAUCUUGCAAGCCAUUUGGGGUCACUCAACCUCCGAGAGUCUGUCGGCGAUCACGAAGAUGAUCCAGCACAAACUGAGUCGAUGGAUUUGGAUACAGGGAAUGCUAAUGCAUUUUCAAAUAUCCGCUAUACAGCUGUUGAAUCCAGUGAUAGCGACAUCGACAGCGACAGCGACCCAAGCAUUGACGAUGAUGAAGAAGGGACAUCUUCCCCAAAGAGUGCCAUACAUUCGUUGCUUGGCAAAAUGAGCACUCAUCCAGUUGUUCCUUCAACUGUCAGCAACAGUGCCGAGUCUUCAACUUCCCAAGCGAAGAAAACCACUCGACGAAGUGGCCCCAACUUGACUGAUCAGCAAGUUGAUCAAAUCCUUGACCUUGUCGUUAAGCAAAGAAAAAGCCGUCGUGAUGUUGGGGCUAUGUUUAACAAGUCGGCAUCCACGAUCGGCAGAGUUGUCAAGAAGUAUAGAGAAAGUGGAACAGCUGUUGUGUCUCAAAAGGGACGCACAGCUCCCACUAAAAUCGAUGAAGAAGACAACUCGUUCCUCCGACAUUUUCUCUCAACCAACAACACAGCUACUCUGGAUCAGAUUAGCCAUGCUUAUGAGCAAAAGUUUGGCAUAAAAAUCGCCAGCAGUACGCUACAUCAUCAUCUUUGCCACUCAAUGCGCAUCACUCUCUAG